ACGAGUAUUUUGCUAAUGCGCCACAGUUAAGGGAAAGCCCACCAACAUCGGUCUUCACUCGGAGUUUUACAGCCAGACAAUCAAGUUUACUCUGUGAACACGUUUUUAUUUGUAACUUUUGCUCAUUUAACCAGGUUUAAUUAUGGUUAAAGUUACAUUCAACUCCGCUUUGGCACAGAAAGAGCUGAAGAAAGGAGAAAAGGACGAGGCUCUAAUCCCACAGGAAGGGGAUGUGGAGGAGGUUCUGCGGGUCAGGCAGCAGUCCUGGGCCUGGUGCUGGUGCGUCUGUCUGGGUCUGGCCCUCAUGCUGUCCGGGGUGGUGGUCGGUGGAGCUUACCUGUACAAGCAUUACAGCAUAGAGGAUUUUUUCAGUGGCGAGCAUGGUGCUGUUCUGCAGGAGGAUGAGGUGUAUUUCUGCGGCGUGAGCUACAGCGAGCAGAACUACAUGAUUCCCGACAGCGAAGAGGAGUACAGCGCACCUCUGAAGAGGCUCGAUGAACGAGUGCGGAUCCUGGAGAAGCAGCAGGUGGAGCUGAUCAGCGUGCCCGUGCCGGAGUUCAGCGACAGCAAUGCAGCCGAGAUCGUGCACGACUUCGUCCUUCAUCUGACUGCUUACCUGGAUCUGAGUCUGAAUAAGUGUUACAUCACCCCUCUGAACACCUCUGUUGUCAUGCCACCCAGAGACCUUCUAGAUCUGCUCAUCAACAUCGAGGCCGGCACCUACCUGCCGCAAUCAUACAUGGUGCGUGAGCAGAUGGUUGUAACUGAGAAGGUGGAGGAUUUGGAGCAGCUUGGUUACUCCAUCUACAUGCUGUGCAAAGACAAAGACACUUACAAUCUACAGCGCAGGGACACCAUAUCAGGCAUUCAGAAGCGUGAGGCUCUCAACUGCCACAAAAUCCGCCAUUUUGAGAACAAGUUUGUGUUGGAGACGCUGAUCUGUGAAUAGUUCCAGCAUGAAGAAGCGUUUCUGAGAAAUUCCACUCGAGUGCAGUGCGACGUUAGCGUGUGACCUCUGACCUCCUGCUCUUUCCUUUUCUGAAGCUCUUCCCGUUUCCUCUCUGUGUGUGUGGUGCUUCUGCUCUCUGACCUUUUCCUCCGUGCAGCAGCAGGACGGUGGAGAAGGAGAGGAAAGUCUCUCUCUCUCUCUCUCUCUCUCUCUCAGUGAAUUAACAAUUUCACGUGAACUUUUCUUUUUGUAAAAUAGGGAUGAUUAUUUUGGUGGUAGUUUAUUUUGUUUCGAGAUCAAUAUUAAUUCCCCUGAAUGGACUUAAAACACAUUUUGUAUAGUUAAAGGCACGUGUAUAAACAUAAGGCAAUAAAAAACACUUUUGUGUCUUUA